ACAGAAAUGCGCCAUACAGUCAAAGUCUAAGCGCACUGGUCUCAACUCUAUCUGGACAACUGUGGAGCUGCGACGCAAGUCCGAAUGCGACACAACUCGCGCUUGGAGACUGUAGUCGGACUGGAACUAACUGCUUAUCAGCUGCAGAGAAACUUGUUGGGAUAAAUGUUUUUUGAAAUGUGCGUCCACUAGAGAGUAAAAUAACUGGGAUCGAAAUAAAUAAAUAAAUGGGACAACACAAAUUACGAGCACUUGAAUCGCUCCAGUUGCGUGCACGGUUCAGCUUAGCCAACUUUGUGCAGUAGCCCAUCUGAUCUGCCUCAGUUUGUGCGGGUACAGCACCAGCAGAGAAGGAGCAGGCUGGAUGUGGCAGGAGACGGGUCACUGAGCUGCAGCGAGCCGGGUGCGAGUUCCCCCCGUCCCUACCUCUCCAAUGUCCCCGGACAGGAUGAUGCUCAUUGGACUUCUGCUCAGUGUCUUCUCUCUUGGUACUGUGCCAGUAUCUGCAUCCUUAGACUGUCUGGUGGCGGAGCAGGGCUGCAUCCAGGAGCAGUCCUGCAUGGUACUGUAUAGACUGCUGGAGUACUGUGCGGCUGAGGAGGCUGUGUCGCCCCUCGGCCAAGAUGCCCGCUUGGAGUGCCUGGAGGCCCAAAACUCCUUGCAGCAUUACCGCCCCCUUCAAGUUUGCAAGUGCCAGCGUGGCUCUCGCAGAGAGGAGCACUGCCUCAGGGUCUAUUGGACUGUGAGAUUUGCAGCAUAUGAUGAGUAUGAAGUGUCUCCAUAUGAAGAACUGGAGUUAAAUCUGGUGAGAAACAUUGAGAUGUCACGUAUGGCCUCCAUCAUGGCAGCUUCCUCUCUUUCUGUGGACGGCCAAAAUCAGUGUCUCAAGGCAGCGCAGGACUGUGGCCUGUAUGAGAAAUGUGGUUCCCUGCGGUCAGAAUAUGUUGUAGCCUGCACCAAGCGUGCAGCAGUCUCUGACAACAGCUGCAACCGCCAGAAAUGCCACAAAGCCCUGCGACGUUUCCUUGAGCGCGUGCCAGAGGAGUACAGCUUCGCCCUGCUCUUCUGUCCCUGCUCUGACACACUGUGUGGGGAGCGCCGGCGGAAAACCAUCGUCCCGUCAUGUUCCUAUGAGGAGAAUGGGAAAGGGGAGGAAAGAGUGGGCAAACCCAACUGCCUCAGCCUUCAGAACUACUGCUCCAAAGACAAGCUGUGUAGAUCUCGGUUUGCUGAUUUCCAACACAACUGCCAGCCCUCCCCUCUGUCUGCCUCUGGCUGUAUGCGAGAAAGCAGAGCCAUGUGCCUGAAGGCCUACGCUGGACUUAUAGGCACCAUCAUGACUCCCAACUAUGUGAGCAACAGCAGCACAGAAGUGUCCCAGUGGUGCACAUGUGACGGCAGUGGGAAUGAAUGGCAGGGAUGUCAGCGCAUACUGCACUUGUUCAGCAACAACAUAUGUCUGCGCAAUGCCAUCAACUCCAUGGGAAUCUCCGCACCUCCUCCUGUGGAAAACACUCCCGUGCCAGCUUCUCAGCCCUCCCCGCACGUCUUCCAGGAGAGGGUCCAUGUCAGUGUUAACACUCUCCCUGAAUUCAACAGUAUCGAGGACAGUGAGGAAGAGGAAAAGGCGGAGGAAGAAAAUGAGGAAUUCAACAUAAUCCCACCGUAUUCUGAGAAGGACACUAACACUGAAUCGGGGGCUCGAGGAAGUAAACGCGGAGCAGCUAGCCGAGCAGGACCCAUGUUAACAUUACUGCUGCUGCCUACACUCAUCCUGGACUGGGAGUGUUGGAGAUACUGAAGACUCCAUCUCAUUCUUUGCUCAUAUUUUACACUCACUACCACUUUCAAAUCAAUCACAGCACUCAGAAUGAGCCACAGAUGACAUUUGAGUGGAAGAAAUGCUCAAUUUCCUUCAUUCUAUUUCAUU